AUGACGGUUUCCUCUUUAUGGAAGGCACUAGGUCGUGCUGGCUGUGGCAAACCAGUUGGUUCCAAAGAACUCCAAGAACAUUUUUCCUUUCACGAACGGACUCAUCCUUGGAACAUCAAUGACAAAAGAAGUUCUUCGAAUAAUCAUUGUCCAUCGCUGGCGGUGGAUUUAUCCAUUUGGAUUUGCGAAGCUUUGACCUGUUCCGCUUUUGACAAUUGCAAAACGGACCCAUCGUUACACUUAGUGUACACUCGAACCGUCAAGUUACUGAGUAUGGGAAUCAAAUUGGUGGUGGUGAUUGAAGGCAAACGACGGCAGCAACGACAAGGAGAAGGGGAAGACUCCUUUCGCAAACGACGCACUGGAACUCGUUUCUGGAAUGCUUGUCAACGAUGCGAGCAGAUGCUACAGCUGUUGGGAGUACCUGUAGUCCGAGCCAAGGCCGAAGGGGAGGCCUUGUGCGCACUAUUGAAUGAGAAGGGCAUUGUGGAUGGGGUCAUUUCAAACGAUGGGGAUUGCCUCUUGUAUGGAGCCAAAGUAUUGUACACCAAAUUUACCCUCGAGAAUCUCGAAAAGAAAAUGGUCAUGCGGUAUGAUUGUUCCAACAUUCGAGCUUGUGUUGACGAUGAUGACGGGAAUGAAUACGAUAACCAGCGCGAGCCCAAAGAGAUUGUAUCUCUGGACCGAUCAGAUCUCAUUGCCUUUGCCAUUUUGACGGGAAGUGAUGCCGUUGGAGCUGGAAUUCCCAAAGUAGGAUGUCGAAAGGCCAUUCGAUUCAUUAAAAAGUCUCAACUCGACAAUCCCCUCAAGAGGAAGGAUGCAGCCAUGGAUGAGCUCAAGUCCUGGGCAAGGGCAGCGUUGGUGGCAAAAGCAAACGCAAUCGCAAUCAACUGUAUUGAUGAUGACACCAAGCCACAAGUCAAUGCCAAGCACACCUGUUGCUGUUCGUGCUGUGGUCACCCGGGCACAAAAACAAAGCAUCAGAAACAAGGCUGCGCGCUCUGUUGUACCGGACCAGGAGAACCAUGCUUUGCUCUCUCUCCCGGAGCCAAGUUUCGUUCGGCCAUGAGGAAAAAGGCAAUGUCAAUGGAGGUAGAUUUCGAUCCAGAGUCAGUCAUCAGGGUCUAUCAAAGUCCCAACGACAAUCAAAUUCCAUUGCCUCUACUUGGAAAAACCUCGACUACUUUACGAAUGGCGUAUCCCAACUUUCAAGGGUUUCAGGACUUUACCAUGGUGAUUCGGGGACAAAGCCUAUCCGAGAGUCGAGAAUACUUGAAGCAAUCCUUGUCCUCUCUCAUGGCUCGCAACGAAUUACUCGAUACUGACUUGCGUGAAAAUAUCAUUGACACAGCUACGUCCAAGAAGAAACUGCCAUCCAACAAGACCAGGCCAGAACCUCGCAAGAUUAACAAGACGAUGGUUCGUGGUGGCAAACCUGCGUUCGAGGUGGAAUGGAUCGUCAAGGCGACUGUUACGGACUUUGAGGGCAAUCCAAUGAACGAAUUCAUAUUUGCUACCAUUGAAGAUCAACAAAUGGUCAAGAGGCGUUAUCCCAAGCUGCUUGAAGACUUUGAAACACGGGAGAAAGAACGAGCAAAGCAGGGUGAUGCCGAGCAAGAAAAACGCCGAGCCUUCCUAGAGUUACUGUGUACUGGCUGUGACCCGAAGGAAGAAUCCAAAGAGAAAGCAGCAGAAGCUCGAAAAGUUGCAGGGCGCUGUUUUCGGGAAGACAAAAGGGUUUCGUUUGGAGUAUCGGAGCCAGCGAAUGCAGGAAAAGACGAUGAUCCGCACGUAGAACCAAUUGAUAUGGAAAUUACUUUCCUGAAUGGCCACGAUAUCAAGGCAAAGUCGAGGGGUAAAAGGAAACGGGAGCGGAAACAAAGUAUCUGGGGUGACGAUGCGGACAAUCUGUUGCGAUAUGUCUGCACCAAACCAAAGAAGAUGACCAAGGAGGACGACUCCUCUUCAAUCUGCACCUGUGUCUCUAGCAUUGCGACUGCGGACGGAAAGGAAGUUGGUGAUAAAGAAGAUGAUUCUAUGAAGUCCAGGUCACUCACGCCUGGGCACGUUCACUUUUUGGGUGCCAAACGAAAAGUGAAAUGUCACAUUGCCCCAAAAGCAUUGUGUUUGGAUGACUCUGGUAAGGACCCCUUUGGUGAGAAUCGUCAGAUGGAAGUUGCCCAGCCAAAGCGUCGCCCAAUCCUGUCGACGUUUUGUCUCGAGCAGCGUCGCACCCCCGAGAAACAACCCGCAGAACAUUCGUCUACAUCUCGUCAAUCAUCGCUUGUCGCUCACAGCUGUAGGGAUCAUCAGAUUAUUGUUAGAAAGCCACGAGAGUUGAGUAUAGAAGACAACCCCUACAUCCACGAGAAAGAACACGAUGAAGCGAGCCCUAGCCGAUCUGCUCAUUACACCCACGAUCUUGAGUUGAGACACAAAGAAGACCAUUUCCAUUCAAGGAAGCAGCAGCAGAUGAACUAUGAAUUGCGGGGUCGGAACCAAGACUUUGGUUUGAACGAGAGGUACAAUGCUCCCCAAGAUCGACGGGAGGAAAAUUAUUGGCUACAAUCUCCUCACCAUGACUUGAAUUCCAGGCAUGCGCCUCCUUACAAUGCCGAUUACCUCAUGCAGUCGCCACAUUCAUCAAGGCGGCCGUAUCCCCCAGAAGAAAUUUCAGAAUAUGAACAUGCUGCCUUUGUUGCGAAUUCAGCCUUCAACAAGUACGACAACUCGUUCGACACCGAACCUUGUUACGAAGUAGACUACAUACAAGCAGUACCAUACUCUGUUGGUCUUGGGUUGAGCCAUCAUCACGACUCCAACCAUAGAAAGCGACAAAAGUUUGAGUUUGAUUCAUUGGAUUUCAAUCAACAAUUACGUCGUGAAGAAAUGUAUGAUGUGCAUCAAAGUCGAGAAGGGAAGGUCUCUAGACAGACUCAUUGGGAAAACGACACGUACUACACCCAUAGGCCGCAAGAUUCCCGAAAUGAAGACUUCUUGGUGUGGUCAACACACGAAGAAGAAUUCGAGCCCGACCAUCCAAAUAUGCGGAAAUACUCAGAGUAUCAUUCGUAUGAUGAACCAAGCUCAUGGCAAACCAAGGACGAAAACCUAGGGCAUUCCCAUACAGGCGAUUCUUCUAUUACAACUCCAUUGUUUCCCAACAGAUUCGAGGAAGCGUCUCAUGGGAUGAGGGGUUCUAGUUGGCCCCAACACCCAAAGGGCUCCGGUGGUGGCAGAGGAAGCAAUAAAGCUUUGUAUGAAGGAGUCGUUCAAGAUGCCACAGAAAAAUUGAAAAUCAAGAUAAGACAAGCUACGCUGGAUAUGGAGUGUUAUCGGGAACUUGAAGGGAGAUCAUGGUUGGGCUAUUGA